GCAAAUUUAAUUUCAUUACACAAGAACAUUGAAUAUAAAUACCCCUGCCCUAAUUAAAAAAAACCCAAAAUGCAGACAGUUUUAUGACAAAACGCCCUCAGAUGGAGGCUCCUCGACCGAAUCGGUCAGUCUGCUGUCACCGGGGUCUACAUCCCCCUCUCUCAGGGUCACCGAGCCGGGGCGAUGAGAAGACCAUCAGCGACCCCGCCUGAACGGCUCGUGGAACUGCAGCCCCCGAACUGAGCCCAGGAACCACGGGGGCUUCGUCACCCGCAGCCUUCUCUUCACAGUACGGUGAAACUACACGAAAAAAAAUGAACAUAUAGUAGGGACAGUGGCCGCCCGCUGCGGGGGACGUUUCACCGGGGGGGCACAGCGGAGCUCCGAGAGGUGACGGCCCACUUCCUGUGCGCGCUGCCACGUCUUCCCCGGCGCCACUUCCUCUGGAGCGCCGAGCCGAGCCGAGCCGAGCGGAGCCGAGGGAUACACACUUGAAAAUUAAUUCACGAUCCACCAUGCUGCCGAGGCCCCCAGUGUUUCUUCUAAUUUCUCUGCCAGUUCUCCUGGCGCAGGGCAGCACCACCAGUUCAUCCAGGAAGAGCUCCGGCGCCCCGGCCAGCGCUCCCCGCCGCCCGCCUCCUCCUCCUCCUCCUCCUCUGGGUGACCCCAGCUGGGCCCUGGGUCUGCGCCUGUACCAGGCCCUGCGCUCUGAGCCCGGCCCAGUGAACACCCUGUUCUCCCCUCUGCUUGUGGCCUCCUCGCUCGGCGCGCUGGGCGGGGGUGCCGCGGGCACCACUGCCAGCCAGCUCCGGGACCUCCUCAAGUCUCCCUCCGCCUCCAAGGCCGGUGCCCAGGCCGGGGGCCUUCUGUCAGGGGCGUUGAAGAGCUUCGCCGAAGCCAACGCGACCACCUUUCACCUGCACACAUCCUCAGCUGUGUUUUCCAAGCAGGCCCCUCCGCUCGGCCAGGCCUUUGUGAAGGGCAGCCAGGCCAAGUUCAGGCUGCAGCAUCGGCCACUGGGGAAGGGAGACUCCAAGGCUGACCUGAAGCAGCUCCAUGACUGGGCUGAAGGUGGGCUCGGGGGGCAGGAGGGAGCUCCCAUGGAGGCAGAAAUCCAGGUCAAGGCUGGAGCCUUGAUACUGGCCAAUGCCCUGCAUUUUAAAGGGCUGUGGGAGAGAGAGUUCAGCGAGGGGAGUGCUGAUCGCCGUACCUUCUUGGGGAAGAAAUACACCAAAGUAAUGAUGCUGCAUAGAGCAGGUUUGUACCGUCACCAUGAAGACGUAGAAAACAUGGUGCAGGUUCUGGAGGCGCCCCUGUGGGGAGGCAAGGCCAGCGUGGUUCUCCUGCUGCCCUUCCACGUCGAGGAUCUGGCCAGGCUGGACAAGCUGCUGACCCUGGAACUGCUGUCCAGGUGGCUCGAGAACACCAACGUCACCAGCGUGGCCAUCUCGCUGCCCAAGGCGAACAUUAGCAGCGCAUUCAGUCUGCAGAAACAGUUGCUUGCUCUGGGCUUGACCGAUGCGUGGGACCCGAAGGUGGCCGAUUUCUCCGGUGUGUCAGACAAGAGCAAAGGGAAGCUUCAUCUCGCUGGUGUCCUCCACUGGGCCCACCUGGAGCUGGCUGCUGAAGCUGGGAAGGGACAGGCGGAUCUAGAGGAGGAGAACAUAGACAAGGCCAAGCUGUUCUACGCAGAUCACCCCUUCAUCAUCCUUGUCAGAGACAACGUUACCAGAGCCCUGUUGCUGAUGGGCGCUCUGGACCACGCAGAGGGAGAAGCCCUCCAUGAUGAACUGUAACGUCCUCCAGCAUCUAUCCAUUUCCUUUUUUUUUUGUCUCUGUCUUUAACACUCUCUCUCACUGGUUUCUUAGUCACAACAUUGCCAUUCUCUAUGGCACUCUAAAACAUCAGACCAUGUCUGGCUGUCAUGCAUUGACACUGCAUAUUCUCGCACUGACUGACGCUGACACUGCCUUACCUGAAACUCACACACACACACACACACACACACACACACACACACACACACACACACACACACACACACACACACACACACACACACACACACACAAACGAAAACACGCACACACACAGGCAAACAUUCAAGGCAUCGAUGAACAAGUCAACACAAAACAACAUGACAAGCAAGAGUGCACUGACAAACACUAACAUGCUGACAAGCAGAAGUGGCUACACUUACAGCAGCAUCAACAAAGAACUUUAACGAACAGAGGCCCACUUGAAUCCUCCCUGUAAGGCAAACAACAGGACAGGUGAGUGUGUGUGGGUGUGGGUGUGGGUGUGGGUGUGUGGGUGUGGGUGUGUGGGUAAGGGUGGUGUGGCGGCGGCGGCGGCGGCCGACACAUUCAGGAUGCCCAUGCGGCCUAUGGCGGGGUCUGCUGGGCGAGAUCUGAGGAAGACUGAUGGAUCAGCCAAGUACCUAUUGAUGAGCCAGCUUAAUGCUAAUGGCCGUAAUGAGUCACAACGCGUGUCAACAACACAGAGAGGACAGGGAACCUUUUAAUCUCUUAAUACCAUCAGGGAUCAAUGACACCGUCAUGCUGCUGGAAACAAACAUGACUGACACCGCUCAACUUAAAUGUAACGGCUUAAUAUUUCCCAUGAUCACGUCAAAGAGGCAUUGAUUGCAACUUGCGCUUUUUAUUGAGCACCAUUGGUGAUGAAGCGAUGAACAAACGAACAACAGUUGUUACCUUUGGAUUGUGUAUUUAAAAAAUUCUUUAAAAAUUCAUAUAUCUGGGCUUUUUUAUCCACUUUAGCUAUACUAUAUUUAUCAAUAUCUUUGCAUGUUCUUGAUACAAACCAAUCAAUCAAACGUGCUAUUAGUAUAAAACACAUUUAGAGCUGCCACAGCUCCAUCUUUCUUGACAGCCCUUUAUUCCGUUUUUCUUUUCUUUUUUUUUUACUUCUUCCCUGAACUAAAUUGGCUGACAUUGAGCCUCAAGGGUGUAUGGAAGCACAUUUAAAGCUCUGAACUCGCAUCAUUUAUUGAAUUUUAAGGGCAACACAUGAUAGACUCGCUGCCUGGAACAUACAGUAGCAACGUUGUCAACACACUCACCCAAGGCUUACAAACACGGUCGAAUGUUUUUCUUGCUUUUCACCAGUGAAUAAAUGAGUGAAUGAAAUACAGUAUAUGAAUGAGUCUAUUAAAAAAAAAAAGGGUUCAAUAGCGUUACCUUCAGUGUUGUACUGGCUGUCCAUGAGUGUACAUACACAUACACUCAUACAAAACACGUGGUAUGAGAUGGGGACUUUACAUGUGAUGAACACGUGGGGACAAACUAAGGGAAAGAAGCAGUGCAGUGAGGGUAAAAUGGAAGUGUGUGCUACGUCAGCCCAGUUAUAGUGCUAAGUAACUGAGUCUAGACACACAGCUGGUGUGUCACACUGUAGCUUUGUUCCUAAUUUAGCCCUCUGCACAGGUCUGCUCGGCAACAGUGUGUGUUGUGCAUGCGUGUCCGCCUGCCCGCUCUCCUGUGCAUUUGUGUGUGACUAAAGCUACUUCAAUGACCUCUGUAGUGGCCUCCUGUGCAGCAGAGACUUGUAAAGGGCACCGUACUGCAGGGCUGCCCUACGCUGAAUAAACCCGGGAGCUCGAUUCAGACAAGCCGAGGACGGAUCCGAUGCCGUCUGCUGUGAGCACAUCAAUCCUGCUCAUUCCAACACCAGCUCCCUGCUGACUCGCCUUCACAUUCUAUUCUGUCCAGAACACUGACCAACACACGCAUGUCCACAUCCGCUAACAGGUAGCCAGCCAUUAUCUGACAGGGAAACUUAAGACCGCUACUUCUCGGUGGUGUGGAGUAGCUGUAUGUACAGUGUAUCCAACAAUGAAGGUAAUUAAUAAAUUCAUUUAAUCAUUUAUCUCGCUUUUUCAGAGAAGCACUUCACCAAUAAAAUAACUUUGCCAGUUUA